CUCUCUUUGUCGCCGGUGCCGUAUCCAUUCGUUCAACAAGCUUCGCGUUCGGAGUUCAUCAUGUCGUCCGACUAUACCCUCGCUUCGGAGGAGCACUCGUCCAUCGGAUGGCCCCUUCAGGCCUUUGUUCUGGGAGACUUCACCUCAGCCGGCGCUUGCGAGCUUCAUCUUGACCGCGAAAACUCAGAGUUCGGUCUACUGUAUCGGCUGGAGCCAUCUGCAGCUGUAAUGGCGCAGUUCGCUGAUAAUGACGGUCCUGUCUUCUUCCAUGCUGCAUGGGCUCUUGCUGCUUGUCACCGAUCGAAUGGCACCUGCAAGAAGGUCACGAUUCUUUUGCCAAAUUGCCAGGUCGAUCUAGAAUUCAUGCACCAUGAGUAUGCCCAGACGUUCCUAGCGACGUUAAAGAGCUUGGCCACGAACGCAUUCACCGUAUAUGAGGUCACAGUUAACGUUGCAUUUCAGCGGAAGGAUUUCGAUAUGGUAAAGAUGGGCUACCGUGCUCAUGCCAAUCCGGCGUGGGGCGUCGUAUCCGAUCCCAUGACCACAUCUAUCAACCGGCUGUGGAAGACCGGUGAAUGGAGCGACUUCAUGGUCAUCGCGGGAAACAGGACGUUCAAUGUUCACAAAUCAGUUCUAUGUCCGCGAUCGCAGUACUUUGCCAAUGCCUGCAAGGGCGGUUUCAAGGAGAGUGUCACUGGUCACAUCAAGCUCGAAGAAGAUGGAGCAACCAUCGAAACGCUGCUAGCCGAGAUGUACAAUGUAGUCAAUUCCGUUACUGGAUCGAUCUACACCAACUUCGCGCUCAAGCCCGACAUCGAAAAGGAGUUCGUAAUGCACACUCUCCUGAAGCUCUUUAUCGCGUGCGACAAGUAUCAUCUUGAGUGCAUCAAGGCUCGCGCUGCCGAGGCAUUCAUCGACCGCCUUCAGUUGGUCCAUGAUCCGCUGGCUAUCGUCGAUCUUGCCUCCACCAUCUUCAACGACUGCCCUGAGAGCGAUCUGGGCUUGCGUACGAGCAUAAUCGGAUACGUGGAGGCACGCAUGCCCGCGAUCCGCAAGGAUGAGGGUGCGAGAGCCGAAUUCUUGCAGUGUGAGCUCGUCAUGCCAGCUCACCUUGACCGCUUUAGCGAGAUGGUCGAGAAGGGGGCUCUGCAAAUCACGACACAGUCUUCCUCAUUGCUUCUCACGACGCCGCCGGUGUCCCCGACUAAACCUCGCAGAACAAUUGCGAUGAAUCUUCGCAGCAGGGGCGCUUGAUAAGCGUGCUCUGAAUCCUAGUCACUCACAGUCCUUCGUUACGUCAGUUUGGGGAGGUUUUUGGAACGGUAUUGGGAAAAGAGAAUCGGGCUCUUUUGUCAACAUGGAAAUACCAAGGCCAGCAUAUCCGCAUUGUCGAUUGCUGGGAUAG